AUGGAAACCCCAGAAACCAACCCCAUCACCCUCCCGACCCCCUUCUCCAAAAUCCCCCGAACUCCCCUCCUCCUAGGCCCAUCCCCAAUCCACCCCCUCCCCCGCAUAACCGCCGAUCUCGCCAAAAACAAUCCCCACCCCCGCGUAACCAUCUACGCCAAACGCGACGACCUCAACUCCGCCUAUGCCUACGGCGGCAACAAAACCCGCAAAUUGGAGUAUCUCCUCGCCGACGCCCAAGCCCAAGGCUGCACGACCCUCGUCUCAAUCGGCGGCGUCCAAAGCAACCACACGCGCCAAGUCGCCGCCGUCGCCGCGCGCUCAGGUCUCAAAGCCCGUCUUGUGCAAGAACACUGGGUAGAAUGGGUCGACCCGGGUUACGAGAGUACGGGCAAUAUCCAGCUAUCGCGACUAAUGGGCGCCGACGUGCGACUCGAUCCGUCCGGAUUCGGGAUCGAGCAUAAGAACACCGCUCAAGCUGUUGUUGAGGAGGCAAGAGCGGACGGCGAGAAGCCGUAUUAUAUUCCUGCUGGAGCGUCUGAUCAUCCGCUUGGUGGGUUGGGAUUUGCGCGGUGGGCGUUUGAGGUCCGGGAGCAGGAAAGGGAGAUGGGUGUUUUCUUUGAUACGGUUCUUGUUUGUGCUGUUACUGGGUCGACGUUUGCGGGGAUGAUUGCUGGCUUUAAGUUGUUAGAACGGAUUUAUCCUGAGGAUGGGAAGAGGAGGGUUAUUGGAAUUGAUGCUUCUGCGACUGUUGAGGCGACUAAGGCGCAGGUUUUGAGGAUUGCGAAGAAUACGGCUGCUAAGAUUGGGCUUUGUGAGGAGGAUAUUACGGAGGAGGAUGUGGAGCUUGAUGAGAGGUAUCAUGCUGGGAUUUAUGGGGUUCCAGAUCGGCAGACUUGGGAUGCGAUUGAGUAUGCGGCGAGGAUGGAGGCUUUUAUUACGGAUCCAGUUUAUGAGGGGAAGAGCUUUGCCGGCAUGAUGGAUAUGAUUCGUCGUGGGGAGAUUAAGGGUGGCAAUAUCUUGUAUGCGCAUCUUGGUGGACAGUUGGCUCUGAAUGCUUAUUCUGAGCUUGGUCGGACCAACUAG